AUGGAAUGUAACGUCCCCGAUUUCCCGCGAGGGGUUUUGGUGAGGAUUGCAGUGGCGAUGAACGGCGUCGAGUAUGUGCCGUGUCCUGGAGAACUGCGUGUGUUUCAGUCUCCAAGGCUUACUGAGCUGUAUCCACACUGGGUUUCAGCACAUACGACGCUGGAGUUGGAGUUGCGAGGCGUCAAUUUAACAGCCGCUAGCACCGCUGCACCCACAGACAAUAACCGGGGGCAGCAGGACAGUGCAAGUAUCCAGGUAUCUUUCAGCGGUGCUCGAGGCAAGAAGGUCGUCCAUGGCAAAUGUGAAGAUGGCAAAGUGAGUUGCUCUAUUCCUCGAGAAAUAUGGCAGACUGCAACUCAUGCGAGUCGAGACAAGACGACGUCGCACUCACCUACAACGAUAAACGCCCCCAUUCUGGUUGAUAUUUGGCUAAGUGGGAAGGUACGCACCACCCGUCCCACAGGAUCACCACUACCACUGCACGUGUAUCGGGAGAUCCCCACCGUUCAUCUAGUAUCGCCCAUGGAUGGACCGGUGUAUGGAGGCUUUGCGAUCGUUGUCGAGGGUCGCGGGUUCAUCGACACUGGGAAAAUCGUUGUUCGCUUUCAACUGUACACAGAUCAACAGGAUUCGACACCUCGAACCGAAGAUGAAAGUCCCAGAGCACUUCAAGGUCAGGGGUCGCCGCCCAAGAGCUCAAACAUUCUCGAGAAACCGCAAGGAAAUAAGGCAACAGCAAAGGAGAAGAUCUCUACGGAAUCGGUACCAUCCUACGUCGACAUGGCUGCAAAGUUCGUGUCCACUGAGCGAGUUCUCUGCCCAGCUCCUGCGUUCCCCCAGGAGGGAGUGUACACUGUACUGGUGGCUCUGAACAGCGUCGAGUUUAGUCGAGUUAGUGACGGCUCUUGGUUUCUAGCGUGGCAGAAUUGGCAGAAGAGGAAGCGAUUGCUGUCUCACGCGCUUUUCUCUCAAACGUCUGCAGCAGGUGAAGUCGCUUCAGCUGCUGCUGCGUCUGCACCUUUGGACGAAGACGACAUCGACAAGCUACGACGAAAAUCAAGUUUCAUGCUACCGAAGAUCCGAAGCACGUUGGCUGCCUCCUCAGAGGAUUCCUCGUCCUCAUUCCAGGCUAAAACGAACGAGUCAACCUCGAAUAACAACUUUGAGUCGGGCGAUACUGAAGAAACGCUGAUGAAAGAUCCACGCCUGCUUCAAUGGCGUCCUACUUCAUGGAUGGAGGCGAAAGUUAGCGGUAGAACACUAUUGUCUCUCCUUGAGUACCUGUGUGGUGCUCGUGAGACGCAGCAGUUCAUCUGUCGACGCCUGCGUGCAGCUUUCCGGCUUCAAAGUGCCCAAUCUCGAGGUGGAACGGACUCUACGGAGACACCUGCACUCCGUUUUCACCUUUUUGUGGAGGCCCUACGUAUGGUAUUCCCCGACGCGCUAAUGCGUGAGCUCGAGGAGUUAUGGCAAGCUACUGAGCAUCGACCUGACGGGACUAUAACGAUCAAGCAGUUGCUAAGACGACUGCUACGCAACGCACCAUCAGAUCAGCGUAGCAAGAGCCCAGAGCCAGGUCCAACACACUAUGACCCACGAUACAGCAUCGUGUCUUCGCGAGAGGCGGCAGCGAUCAUCUUACCUCCCGUCGCCCAACCAGAAUACAUAUCGGACCCUACGUCUACUCUCUUCAUGGACUAUGACGCUGCGGUUCAGGCUGUCAAGCCUCGAGCGCCUCGUCCUGUCUUUCGCAAGCGAAGGUUCAACACGUCGUGGUGUAAUCCAGUCGUGGAGGGUGCGAAGGAGCCAACCCCAAGCCCACGGCCACCCAAGGAAGACGCCGUUCGAACACCUCAAAGUCCAGCUCAAGCUACUGCUGCUUCCAGCAGCAAACACGCACGGAACUCAACGCCCUCUUCGUCACCGCCUCCUCCUGUCAAUACCAACACAAUAAUGCCCCGUCAAGCGAAUCUGAGCGGUCCGAAUCCUUUCUACAACGACAUUGCGCCAUUGUACGCCAAGUUCCUCAACUCAACAGAAGUCAAGAGGUUUUUGAAGCAGUAG